CGUGCCCUGCCCGCCUUGCCAGCCGCCGCGGAGCUGUCCAAGCCGGCGCGGGGUCAGAAAGCCCCUGGGUCGCCUCGCCGCCUGCCGUGAGGCCGCGCCGAGGGGCGGGGGUCGCGCCCACCCAGCGGAGCCGCGGGGUGCGGGGGGGCCGCCGGCGCCGCCGCCAUGAAGCUGGAGGUGUUCUCGCAGCACUAUGAGGACAAGCUGAGCGCCGGCAGCGACCAGGAAGGCAGCGGCUCGCUCUCCCCGGCUCCGGCUGACAGCGAGCUGGGCUCCGACGGUGACUGUGCGGCCAACAGCCCGGGCGGCGGGGCCGGGCGAUCGGGGCACCCCCCGCCGCCGCCACGGACCCCGCAGCCGCCGCCACCGCCGGCCGAGAGCGCCAAGGGGAAACCCUACACGCGGCGGCCGAAGCCGCCCUACUCCUACAUCGCGCUCAUUGCUAUGGCCAUCCGCGACUCGGCCGGCGGCCGCCUGACACUGGCCGAGAUAAACGACUACCUGAUGAGCCGCUUCCCCUUCUUCCGCGGCGCCUACACGGGCUGGCGCAACUCGGUGCGCCACAACCUCUCCCUCAAUGACUGCUUCGUCAAGGUGCUGCGCGACCCGGCGCGGCCCUGGGGCAAGGACAACUACUGGAUGCUCAACCCCAGCAGCGAGUACACCUUCGCCGACGGCGUCUUCCGCCGCCGCCGCAAGCGCCUCAGCCGCGCCGCCCCGCCGCCGCAGCCUGCCCGCUCCGCCGCCGCCUCCUCGCCGCAAGCGCCGCAGGAGGCGGCCAGAGCGGGAGCCGCGUCCCCCGGCGGUUCCCCGCGGUGCUGCUGCGCCUCCUCGCCCUGCAACUGCGCCCCGGGUGCCAAGGAGGCAGCGGUGGGGGGCGGCGGGGCGAGGGCGCCGGGCGGCAGCACCAAGUUCUCCAGCUCCUUCGCCAUCGAGAGCCUACUCCAGCGGCCGGCAGGACCCCGCGCCGCCCCGCAGCCGCCCCCGACACCGCACGCACGCCUCCUCUGGCCGGCGCCGCCCGCGCCCCCGCACCUGCUGCCUGGCCACUACCCGCUGCUUCCCUAUCCGCCGGCCGCGCAGCCCCCGCCCGCCACCGCCCUCUACGGCGGCGGCCUCCUGCAGCUCUGCGCCUACGGGCUGGGGGAGCCGUCGCCGCUGCUGCUGGGGGGCGGGCGGCAGGCUCUGUCCCCGGGGGAGCCGCCGCCGGCAGAGCGACCGCGGGUGCCGCUCUUCCCCGCCGCCCUCGCCAAGAGCGGGCGGGGGCCGCCGCCCGGCUCCCCGCUGUACGGGCCCCUCCGGCUGGCCGGGCCGCUGCCGCCGGCGGCGGGGGGCUCGGCCUCGUUCCAGCCGUACGCCGCGGAGACCCCCCUGGCUUAAUGGAGCCCCCCUCCUCCCCUGCGAGGGACCUGCCCGGGGAGGCGUGGAGGGGGGAAGGAGGAGGCUCUGAAUCCCGCACUUUAACUCCAGAGGCGACCAAAGCCUCCAAGCAAAAGCCUCGGUGACUGUGCCUUAGUGAAAAGACAGUGGGUUUAACUUAAACCAAAAAAAAAAAAAAAAAAAAAAAAAAG